AUGAUCGUGCUUUCGCUGGACUCGCCGCGAGGCACCCGUGCCGCCAGCGCAGCUGAACCCGGCGGCCAAAUCGGGCGCGAGGGCACAGUGCUACACCCCAUCAGCUCGGGCAUGAUUGUGCUCCAGGGCGCUGGGAGCGGCAACUCCGGGGCCAUCGUUAAUAUAUGGGCACAGGGCUACCGCUUCAUCCGUGACGACGUGCGCGAAGCCGGCGUGGUGGACUCUACGACGCAAUACAGCGAGGGCCUGUUGGACUAUCUGGUAACGGACAGAGGCAUCACGCGCAAUUUGACCACCGACUACAGCAACCUGAUCCAGUUCCCGCUGGCUGGUCAAGCCAUGGCCAUCGGCUACAACCUGCCGGAGCUCAACGCCACCACCGACGGGGGCACGUUGGUGCUGAACACGACCGUGCUUGCCGACAUCUGGGGCGGAGACAUCACGACGUGGAACCACACGGCGAUCAAGGAGCUCAACCCCGGCAUUGCCGACAAGCUGCCGUCGGCCACCAUCUUCCUGGGCUAUCACGAGAACGCCAACGUGCUCUCGUUCACAGAGGUCUUCAAGGCCGCCCUCGAGAGCUUCAGCCCGGCGUUCAAAGCCAAGUUCGCCGCCGCCAAUCGCACCUUUGACAAUUUGCCUCCGAAGCUCAGCGGCCAUGCCGAGCGAGCCGGCGGCUCCGGAGUGCGUAUCGGAUGGUUGCAGAACAAACCGUACGCGUUGACGUGGUUCAACUACAUCGAGGUUGCCAACGUGUCCGUGACGCUGGCACGAAUGAUCAACCGAGCCGGAGAUCUGGUGGAGCCCACGGUGGCGUCCAUCCAAUCGGCGAUGACUGACUUUCAGUCGGACUACGACGCGGGCCGUUUCACCGUGGACAUCUUUAACGGCGGCGGAGGGCGCUCCUGGCCCAUGUCCUAUCUGACCUUCUUCGCCCUGGAGAAGAAUGCGAGCCUCGGCGACUGUACCGACGUGCAGGAGAUUCUUAACUUCGUGGCUUGGAUUCACACGAACAAGGAAGCGUCGGCAGUGGCCGAAGAAGCGCUCGUGGCGCCGCUGGACAUCAGCUUGCGCAAGAAGCUCAUCUCGGUCCUCCACGACUCGCUGUGCAACGGGCAGGAGUCGUUCACGCGAUCGAUUCUGGUGGGCACGGGCGCGCAGAUCGGUCUGAUGGACACCUGGGCGGCCUACUGGUCCUUCGGCUCGGCAACAGCCAGCUACUACCCAUUCACCUCGUCGACGGCCAGGGAGCAGAUGGCCGCCCAAAACGUCGACUUUGGCAUGCUGAACGAGGGACUGAACGACGGGCAGGACCUCAGCAAACGGCUCGAUGCCGACAUCGCCCUCAUGCCCUUUGCUGCUCAGCCGAUCGUACCCGCGUACAACAUCGCGGGGUUGAAAGACAAGGAGCUAGUGCUCGACGCACAGACCAUCGGAAAGAUCUAUCUCGGUCAGGUUAACAUCACCCCCGCAACCACCAGGGAGAUCACCACGUGGAACGACUCUCGCAUCCAGGCCCUGAACUCCCCGGAGGUGGCGGCUCUUCUGCCCGGGACGCCCAUCAAGAUCGUGGUCGAAGGAUACUCGUCCGGUUACCAAACCACGUUCACCUACUGGCUCAAUGCCACCGUGUCCGGGUGGCAGGAUAGCGAUGACAUGAUUUCCCUCCUUACCUCGACAGAUAGCUCGUUCUCCUUCGGGUCCCUCUACGACGUGCGCCAGGCACCGACGCUCGGCGUGGCUUCGCUUGUCAACCGAGCCAACAACGUGGUAACUCCUUCGCUUGAGGCGGUAACGAGCGCUAUCCACGACUUUGUCGCAACCAACACUGCCGUCAGCUAUCACUCGCUGAUCAAUGGUAUUGCCUAUAUCUUGCAAGUUCCCGACGCUUCGUCUUCUUACCUCAAGGGAUGA